UUUUGCAACCUUUUUGUCAUGUGAUGCAGUUUCCCCAGAUAUUUAAGGGCAGCUAGGGAGUCUUUGCUGAAACCUUUUAAAAAGCAGCUGGAAGUGGCUUGAUUUGUUGAAUCUCAGAGAGUGGAGGGAAGAAAGGAUUGCUUACUUGCUGGACUCUAGUGAGAUUGUAUCAUGGAGACGAAGCUGAUUGCUACCCACCUUCAACUUGAACACGGAGACACGAUUGUAGUGAAUGGGAGGUGCUGGCAAGAUGCCAGAAGCUUUGUUGUGAAUCUGGGCCAAGACUGUGAAAAUGUCAUCCUUCACUUCAACCCCCGUUUUAACUACCAGACCGAUGUGAACGUCAUUGUCUGCAAUUUCAAGAAGUUGGGGAAGUGGGGAGCAGAGGAGAGACUGAACUUCUUCCCUUUUGAGCAAGGCGGCAAAUUCAAGAUCUCCUUCACCUUUCUUUCUUCGGAGAUAAAAGUCUUGGCAGAGGGCCAUGAAUUCGCCUUCCCCAACCAGCUAGGCCUGGAUGUCAUCAGCUAUAUAGCAGUGCAAGGAGACAUUAACCUCAGAGUCCUCAAACUUGUCCCCCCUCGUCGUGUGGAUGAAUAAAUUCAAUUGUGUUAUUCAAA